AUGCCAUGCAGAGUCGGAAGCUUCUUCACACGCCUUCUUGCCAAACGGCGAAGGGCCCUUUUCUUGGUGUCUGUAGAUCGCCCCGAAUCUCGUCGGGUCUGCCAAGCUGUCACUACACGAUCGCGCAGUGCUUCGCAACAACUCUUGAGAUAG